CUCUCUUCCUCUGUUUUGCAUUGCAGAACUUGUUUGGGGGAAAGGCCAUCAAGUACUCCUGCAGGAAGCUCUCUGAACCAGGCCUUAAUUAGACCUGCUAGGCAAUGAACAUCAAUGUCAUCAGGUCAGUGCAUACUCAUCCUUUGCAAGGAUGGUGGGAGUUGGAAUUGGUUUGGAGCAACAAAGAAGGAGAAUGGACCCCACGACUAAUGAACCGUAGUUCACAAACUGCACUAGAGAUUUCAUUGGCACAGUUGAUUACAUAUUUUACACAGGUUUUCUCAAAAUUUUCUGCAGCAACAGAACAACUGUUACCAACAUCAACUGAUAAACUCAGUACACAGGAGAUUGGCAUACUGAAGGAUCUCUCACUCUUAGAUAUGGGCGCUAAUGAACUUGGAUUUGGGAAAGCUCAUGACUUGAGUUUUCUUGACUCCUUGACUAAUUGCAGUAGCUUACAAGAAUGCCUUAAUAAACAGUGAGUGGCAUUUCAACUGUUUUACUUCUGUAAUCACUUCCACUUCAAGAACUAAUUAUUUCAGUUCACUUCAUUAGUACAUACUG